CCCGAGCAGCCUGGGUUGAGGUCCCCUUGUGGCUCAACCGAAGAACCUUGAGGGCUAUGUGGGAUUUGCCAUCCUCCCAAAUCAAGUGUACAGAAAAUCGGUGAAAAGAGGAUUUGAAUUCACUCUUAUGGUAGUAGGUGAAUCUGGACUGGAAAAGUCGACAUUAAUCAACUCAUUAUUCCUCACAGAUUUGUAUUCUCUAGAGUAUCCAGGACCUUCUCAUAGAAUCAAAAAGACUGUACAGGUGGAGCAAUCCAAAGUUUUAGUCAAAGAAGGUGGUGUUCAGUCGCUGCUGACGAUAGUUGAUACUCCGGGACUUGGAGGUGCAGUGGAUAAUAGUAAUUGCUGGCAGCCUGUUAUCGACUACAUUGAUAGUAAAUUUGAAGAUUACUUAAAUGCAGAAUCUCGAGUGAACAGACGACAGAUGCCUGAUAACAGGGUGCAGUGUUGUUUAUACUUCAUUGCUCCUUCAGGACAUGGACUUAAAUCAUUGGAUAUUGAGUUUAUGAAACGUUUGCAUGAAAAAGUGAAUAUCAUCCCUUUAAUUGCCAAAGCAGACACACUUACACCAGAGGAAUGCCAACAGUUUAAAAAGCAGAUAAUGAAAGAAAUCCAAGAACAUAAAAUUAAAAUAUAUGAAUUUCCAGAAACGGAUGAUGAAGAAGAGAAUAAGCUGGUUAAGAAGAUAAAGGACCGUUUACCUCUUGCUGUGGUGGGUAGUAAUACUAUCAUUGAAGUUAAUGGCAAAAGAGUCAGAGGAAGGCAGUAUCCUUGGGGCGUGGCUGAAGUUGAAAAUGGUGAGCAUUGUGAUUUUACAAUUCUAAGAAAUAUGUUGAUACGAACACACAUGCAGGACUUGAAAGAUGUUACCAAUAACGUACACUAUGAGAACUACAGAAGCAGAAAACUAGCAGCAGUGACCUACAAUGGAGUAGAUAACAACAAGAACAAAGGGCAACUUACCAAGAGCCCUCUGGCGCAGAUGGAGGAGGAGAGAAGGGAGCACGUGGCCAGGAUGAAGAAGAUGGAGAUGGAGAUGGAGCAGGUGUUUGAGAUGAAGGUCAAGGAAAAAGUUCAAAAGCUGAAGGACUCUGAAGCCGAGCUCCAGCGGCGCCAUGAGCAAAUGAAAAAAAAUUUAGAAGCACAGCACAAAGAAUUAGAGGAAAAACGUCGUCAGUUUGAAGAAGAAAAAGCAAACUGGGAAGCUCAACAACGUAUUUUAGAGCAACAGAAUUCUUCAAGAACCUUGGAAAAGAACAAGAAGAAAGGCAAGAUCUUUUAAACUCUAUUGACCACCAGUUAUGUAUUAGUUGCCAAUACGCCAGCAUGGACAUCAGUGUUUGUUGGAUCCGUUUGACCAAUUUGCACCAAUUUUAUCCAUAAUGAUGGAUUUAACAGCAUGACAAAAAUUAUUUUUUGUUGUUGUUCUCGAAGGAGAUUAAGAUGCCUUGAAUUGUCUAGGAUAUUGUGUACUUAGAAAUUAACAGCUCUAAGUACCUUUCUACAUUUUUUCUUUUUUUUUUAAAUUAAAAAGAUGUCUUCAGUUUAAUGCAAGAAAACAUUUUACUGUUGUACAAUCAUGUUCUGGUGGUUUGAUUGUUUACAGAAUAUUCUAAAAUAAAAGGACUCUGGAAGGUU